UGUAAAUGGAGCGACGAUGGCGUGAACAGGAAUUUGGGGUAGUACAGAGCAGGCCACGCAAUUGACUGGCCAACUCUCCAGCGACCACAAGGGCCCCAGAAGAAGGCUAUUUAUCUCGUCGAGAGCCAGAGAUGCGUUGCUCGCGAGAUGCUUGAGGACACAGUAUCCGGGGCAUGGGCAUGGAUGAAGCCCGCGAUGGGCAUGGGAUGGUGCCAGAGCAGGCUGCCGCAUUUUUGCUUUUCGCUGAGCUGUCUUCUCCGGCUAGCGUCCCCCUUGGAGGAGGAGAGCGAAGGAAAAGAGCGAAUGCAUUCAGGCAGCGCAGGCCACAAGGCUGAGAGAGACGGAAGAAGAACAGAGGGCUCGAGAACACGCUCGGGACUCACCUGGGGGCGUUCGCGUUGGGCACACGAGAGGACGAAGCGAAAGGGUCGUGUCUUCGUAAGGUUUUGUGUCGGUGAGACUGCUGGAAGAUCGGAGUGGGAGAAAGGGAACCGGAUUUGCCUGGCUGGUCUUUUGGGGGGGCGCAAGCGACUAAGGCUUUUAGUAGGGAGAGGGGCAAGGGGCGCCAGGCGUUGUUGACUGGGCACUGCAGUGCGAUAGGCGGCUCACUGUACGAGGCCACCUGUACGAGUACUCGCUACUGUACCG